AUGCCUGACCUCAACAACAUGUUUGCAGAAUAUCAGUCCACGUCCAAGCCGCAUCGCCGAAAGAAAACCGUAAAGUUCACCCCGGAGACCAACUUUGAGCCUGGUCGGGCUACACAUCAGUGGAAGCGCUCAAGCCCCACGUACUCAGCUGGGAAGUACAGUUGCCCACCAGAUGUCGGAGCCUGGCUGGACACCAGCUUAAUGAGCAACGAACUGGAACAGCUCCUCAACUUCAAAGUCCACGCCAUCUUCCACGUCCGCAACGCAGACGAAAUCGACGUCCUACACAAUUCCUUCCACGCGCAAAUGCGAGCAGGUCUACCGCUGCUUCCCGGUUCCCAAACACUUCUAAGAGACCAUCCGCUUGGUUUUGAGGUUUUCAAAAUCUACAAGGACCUGACUGAAGGCGGCGUUGCAUUUUCCAGUCUUACCGGAGGGGACUGGACGAGGGCGAAAGUGUUGGUUCUUUAUCAGGAUCAGAGGGAUAAGUCUGUGACGUUCCAGUUUGUUAAUGAUGCGAAGGAAGAUCAAGAAGCUCACGAGUGGAUACUUGAGUUGCAGCGGACUGUGCCUAAGAAUAAUGUCGGUUUACCGAAGAUGGCGAGGCUGAUGAAGUGGAGGGAUGAUUGUUUUGUUGAGAUGUGCGGUUUAGAUGAGGAUAUGCAGUAA